CUUAUAAAUAACCGUCAGACCUCUUUCUACCCUCUCUCUACCCCUUCUCCCUCUCUGCCUCUCUGCGAUCGCUGCCGUGAGAAAAAGCUCCCAACAGACAGAACGGAUCUCCCUCUUUCCCAAGGAUCGAAUCGAGGCUGCCAAUAUAGCCCAUGGCCAGAAAUCAGUACACCGACGAAGCGGCCGGGCUCGAAUUGAUCCAGAGCCGUUGAAGAAGCUGGGCCCGGACAUAGCAAUGGCUGCCGAAGGUGGCUGCUUCGACUGCAACAUUUGCCUGGAUUUCGCUCAAGAUCCAGUGGUCACUCUAUGUGGCCACUUGUAUUGCUGGCCGUGCAUCUACAAGUGGCUUGAUCGCAAUCAACGGCUGUGCCCCGUCUGCAAGGCAGCCCUCUCUCAGACCAUGAUGGUCCCACUCUACGGUCGUGGCGAUGGCCCCACCCAGACCAAACUAGAUAAAAAAAGGCCCCACCCCAAUAUAAACAUCCCACACAGGCCAUCCCCAUUCAGUACGGCCCACUCCCUCCCCAACCAUGUAGCCAUGGAUGAAUCUACUUCGAUCGAUCACCAGCUGAAUUCCCAUCAACAUCGACGUAGGUGGGACCCAUACUACGACAAUUACACAUCAUCCUCACCGUUGAGUUUUGGGACUGCAACGACACGUGUCUUUCAUCCAUCUACUGCGUGGACCUUUGGUGGGACCGCCUUCCACAUCCUCCCUCGGGUGUUUGGGUAUUAUCCUGAGGGGCCAGGGCUGCACUACUCCAACCCAAAUUUCCUUGUGGGGUCCACUAACGGAGAUGAUCAUCAGCUGAGACGCAGAGAGGUGGUGGCCCAGCGGUCGCUCCGGCGAAUCUCAGCCUUUCUUUUCUGUUUUCUGAUCAUGUGCGUUCUUCUUUUUUGAAUCUUCGUUUCUCUCCUUAGCCUUGCCUUGGCUUGUUGUGCUUGUGUAAAUAGCCGAGGUUAUAAUUGUAAUUAGAAUCCAAAUGAAUGGUUUAUAAUUAUUGGAUCAUGACAUAAAUGGAUGGUUUGGAUUUCUUC